AUGUUUUGCAAGGGGUUGGUGCCGUCGUCAGCGGGGGUGCCGUCGUCAACGCUGGUCAAACCACAUGGAAUCAUGUACUCAGUGGUGAUAACCCAGCUGAUACCGGCACACGAGGGAUUUCUUCGGAAGCCCUCAAGGAUAGCAGCUGGUGCCAAUACGCCGAAGUACCGAAAAGAGAUGGGGUUUCCUAUUUACCUGCCUCACGACUCGACUCGAGCAGUUCACAUCGAGUUGGUUCCAUCUCUCGAUACUAGUUGCUGCGUCAUGGGCGUAGAGCGAUUUAUUGCAAGGCGAGGUACCCCCAAAACCAUUCGUUCUGACAAUGGCACGAACUUUGUUGGUGCUCAAAAGGAGCUCCUAUCCUGUGUCCAAAAUUGGAACAAAGUCGCCCCGGCCGUUUUCGUUCACAAAGGCAUUAAGUGGAAGUUUAACCCGCCCAGUGCCCCUCAUCACGGUGGCGCCUGGGAGCGGCUAGUGAGAAGUGUUAAGCGAGUGUUGUACGACAUAUUAGGCAACAGGAGAUUAACUGAGGAAGUUCUAGGAACAACGCUCUGCCUAGUUGAACAAUUACUUAACGCAAGACCGAUCACUCCGGUCAGUUCCGAUCCGCACGACCUAGAGGCACUCACCCCGAAUCACUUCAUUCUCGGUCACAGCGCAGCUAGCUUCCCGUCGUUAAGUUUCGAAGAUAACUUUGAUUAUAAAAAGCGUUACGCCAGAGCACAAUCGUACGCUGACGCAGUUUGGUCACGCUGGCUGCGUGAAUAUGUACCAUCUCUCAACAAGAGAGCAAAGUGGCAUAAUGAUUCGGAUGUCACACUGAAAACCGGCGACUUGGUUUGGGUAGUCGAACCCGACAGCCCACGUGGGCAUUACCCACUCGCCCGUAUUGCUAAACUACACUACGGCAAAGACGGAUGCGCCCGAUCCGCCGAUAUCAAAACUGUUACGAGCGAGCUGAUACGACCGACCGUAAAACUCGCACCCGUUCUUCCGUCUUUAGGGGCGGAGGAUGUUGCAGAGCAAAACGUAACUAAUGCGUGA